AUGGGCUUGGGAGUGUUAGAAACGAAGCAGGUGGAUGUCCCAGGAACCUCGAACAUCUACGAGCAGGAUAAUGCGAGCGAAACCACCCCAGAUACUUCCCACCUGAAACAUGACUGGACGACCAAGGAACCGACAAUCCUGGUCCCGCAGCCCAGUGACGAUCCCAACGAUCCGUUGAAUUGGCCGCUAUGGAGACGCGAUCUGAUUCUCGGCAUUCUGUCCUUCGUGACUGUUCUCUGCACCACAUUGACCUCAAUCAUGGCCGCCAAUACAGUUAAAAUUGCAUCGGUUCAGUCCAUCACCUUUGUAGAAGCCGCCCUCCUGACGGGCUACCAUCUGUGUGGUGUCGGCGUGGCUGGCAUUCUCAUCGUACCCACCGCUCGAGUCUGGGGCAAGCGCCAUCUGUUUCUCCUGGGGCAUGUUUUGAUGAUUGUCAGCUGUGCCUGGGCUGGAGCCACUGGCACCAAUCAUAAAAGUCUUUUGUGGGCUCGGAUUUUCCAGGGAGUUGCGCUGGCUCCAUUCGAAGGCUUGGUGAAUGCAUGCGUCGGUGAUCUUUACUUUGUCCAUGAACGAGGGAAAAGAAUGGCGGUCUCGAAUGUGGCUCUGUUCGGUGCGGCUUUCCUGACUCCAGUCAUUGUAGGCAAAAUGACUGUCACGAUGGGUUGGGAAUGGUCUUUCAAUUUUGUCGCCAUCUUUCUCGCUGCUUCCUUGCCACUAAUGAUCUUCUUCGUGCCUGAAACGGCAUUCCGACGCCCCGACUACUUGAACACAGAUUUCAAGCACAAGACCCAGCGUGGCCAGUCUACCGAGUCUGAAUUACCUCUGGGCAGUGAUGCGGUGCAUGAUGAAUCCAAAGCCUUUGUUCCAGACUCUGAAAAUGGCGGUGGCAGUAAUUUAAAUGGUACUUCCCGGACAGAGAUAUCCGCCACACCGAUUCCAGAGAAGGAUUCAUUCCUCCGAUCAAUUCGUCCGUUUACUGGGCGGAAGACAGAUGAGAAGUUCUGGAAGCUGUUCCUACGUCCUUUCCCUCUGUUUUUGCACCCUGGUAUUCUCUGGGCUUGUUUGAUUCAGGGCGUUGUUAUUGGCUGGGCAGUCCUCAUCGGCGUCAUCAUAGCCUUGGUCUUUGAAGGUCCACCCCUCUGGUUUCACGAGGAUCAGACAGGAUAUCUUUAUACCGGUGCCUUCGUCGGCUCGUUGAUUGGCCUUGUUUUAUCCGGUCUCUUGACAGAUUUUCUGACCAAAAUCAUGGUCAAGCUGAACCGCGGCAAAUAUGAGCCCGAAUUCCGAAUUUUGCUGGUUAUAUUUCAGCUCAUUUUUGCCUGUAUGGGCCUCUAUGGAUUCGGAUGGACGGCAAGUGAACCAACAAAGUAUCGAUGGCUGUUACCAGAUGUGUUCUUUGCGUUCUUGAUCAUCGGCAUGGUCAUGGGUGCUGUCGCUGCCUCGCUUUACAUUGUUGAUGCCCAUCGGGAAAUUGCCAUCGAGGCCUUUACUUGUCUGCUGAUCUUCAAGAAUAUGUUCAGUUUUGUGUUGACCUUUUAUGCCUAUGACUGGAUGGCCUAUGGUGGUGUGAAACACACCAUGAUCGUCCUCGGCAGCAUUCAGGUCGGCAUCUGCUGUUUGAGUAUUCCCAUGUAUAUCUUUGGCAAAUGGAACCGCGCCUUUUUUGCACGACAUGAUAUCCUCGAAAUGCUGCGUCUCUGGUAA